CUCCCUGCUCACCCCCACACGCUGCCACUGGCCGCUGCAAGUUGGGCAUGUGUUUGGCGCUACCAGCCGACGGCCGCGUUCAGUUUGCUAUAAGCGUGAGGGUUUGUGCGGGGUCGCUGGGCAUUAGACAGAGCGAGGAAAUUACUGGGCGCGCGAGGGGUAGCAUCUAGCAUCGUCCGUGAGAGAGAGGAGCGAGGAGGAGAGUCGUUGGGCCGGACGGCAUGGAGCUCGACGAGGAGACGUUCUUGGACGAGCUCAUGUCGCUGCGGCGGGAGGCGGCGGCGGCGGCGCCGUGGCAAGGCUACCCGGCCGGAAGCGGCGCGAUGAUGAGCGACCUCCUCUUCUACGGCGCCGACGCGAGAAGCGGCGGCGGCGGCAUGGACCUGCCGCCGUUCCAGGAGCUGGCGCCCAUGCCGCCCGCGGCGCCCCCGCACGAGGAGUUCAACUUCGACUGCCUGAGCGAGGUGUGCAACCCUUACAGGGGCUCCGUCGCCGCCCCGGGGGAGGCAGCGCCCGGCCAGACGCUCGUCGCCCCUCUCCACGACGCCAUGGUGGAGGAGGAGACGAGCGGCGAUAAGGGGCAGUACUACGGAGGCGGGGGCUCCCCGACGUUCGUGUUCGGAGGAGGCGCCGGCGAGAGCUCGGAGAUGGCCAUCAGGGGUGUCGGCGGCCCCCACCACAGGAGCAAGCUCCACGGCGCGCCGUCGAAGAAUCUCAUGGCCGAGAGGCGCCGGAGGAAGCGACUCAACGACCGCCUCUCCAUGCUCCGCUCAAUUGUUCCAAAGAUCAGCAAGAUGGACAGGACAUCCAUUCUUGGGGACGCCAUUGACUAUGUGAAGGAGCUGACAGAGCGGAUCAAAGCCCUCGAAGAGGAGAUCGGCGCCUCGCCGGAGGACCUGAACCUUCUGAAUACCUUGAAAGAUUCGUCCAACAGUAACAAUGAGAUGAUGGUGAGGAACUCCACCAAGUUCGACGUCGAGAAGCGGGGCAACGGGAGCACGAGGAUCGAGAUCUGUUGCCCGACAAACCCCGGGGUGCUGCUGUCCACGGUAAGCGCGCUGGAGGUGCUGGGGCUGGAGAUCGAGCAGUGCGUGGUGAGCUGCUUCAGCGACUUUGGCAUGCAGGCCUCUUGCUUACAAGAGGAGGACGGGAAGAGGCAAGUAAUAAGCACCGACGAGAUAAAGCAGGCAUUGUUUAGGAGCGCUGGGUAUGGAGGGAGGUGUCUCUAGCAUGCAGGUCGAAAUUUCAUCCAGCGAAUUGAAUGUAAAUCGGACCGAUUGGUCGUUCUUGUUCUUGAUGAUGCCUUCCCGCGCGUGGCUUUGCUCCAUGAAUUAAUAUAGAGCUAGCUAGUGUUCAUCUUUGAGUGUAGCUAGUAUGAGUAAUCUGAAUCCCAGCAAAUUAAAGAUUUGCUCAGGUAUUGUAAGUUGAUCAUUUCUUGUGGUUUGUAUCAUUUUGGCUUGUAUGUGGAUUAUUGAUAUCAUGUAUCGCGCGACAUGGCUUGGGUUAAAUGCCAAGAAUCUGGAUUGUUUCUUA